CGUGCGGGCGCGAGGAUUCAGGCGAGAGAAACUUCCAGGCCAUGGCCGCCAAAUUCAAAUUCGCUACAGGGAGUGCAAGUGAAAAUACAUCGAGAAUAAGUACUAUCAAACGAAGUUCACCAAGUCAACAAGUGGCGAUGUCUUAUAAAGAACUAGGUCUUGAAGAAGAUGUCUCCCUCGCACCCCUCCCAUCGAAAAGAAGACGUAGAGCUAGAAAAAGCGCAGGGUCUGAUAAAGUAAGGAACUCCAAUGAUGCUGAACGUGAAAAGAAACGAGAAUUUUCCAAUGAAAACACAGCACACCCUUACCAAAAUGAUGGACUCAAUAAUACGGGUCUGUUGACAACGCACAAUACGAAAAACUCCUGUAGUACCCCAGGUCACACCGAGAAAUUACUUGAUGGUAACCCAGAAAAUCAUGAUUAUUUUGCCAAAGAAGAAACUACAAACACUUUUCAGGAAGGCAUGAUUCAUGAUAUUUCGUUUAGUCGCAAUUCUAAGUUCGGAUCAGCAGGUAAGACUACCAUGGUUUCUAGCACACAAGGACGUAACCAAAAUAGUCCUCCUGAUACUCCUGAAAAGCCCAGUCUUUCCAUUGAAAAACGACCAGAUUCUUUUCAAGAAGACGUAUGUCAUGUUCCGUGUGGGAGUGGAACUGAUUUGGUAUUGGAACAAAGCUCAGGUCCUUGUUUUUCUAAGAAUUUGUCAAGCGGUUCAAGUGCUGAUUUGCGUAAAUCGACCAAUGGGGCGUCUCGCGGAAACGUUUGCGAUAAAACCUUUGCAAGACCUUCUGUUGGAAGCAGCAACGAAGCACCCACGACCGCUGUUCAUUCGCGCGCUUUUGAAUGUAACAUUGAUUCCACUUCAUCUCACUUACCUAACAACACUUACCCAUCGCAAAACAUAGCUUACCCAUCGCAAAACAUAGCUUAUAGUAAAUCUAAUUUAAAAACUGCCGGAAAUACUAAAGACCUGCGUACAACCCUUCCACUCUCUCCCGUAUGUAACGCCGCCGGGGACAGGCUUGCUGGUUCUACUGUCAGUAGUUCCAGCAAUGGUAGUGCGGCUGCAGUACGUAGUACAGUGUUAACUCAGACAGCUAACGCUUCUGGUAUCCCAAAUGUCAAUUACAGUGCUAAUGAUACGAAUAGUCCUGCAUAUCGCUCGACUUAUUCUAUUUGCAGUAGCACUUCACAUGAAGUAUUAGCUAAUGCGUGUGUACUUAGCGAUUCUGAUGCCUCGAAUAGCGACAGUAUCGCAUUUGAUAUCCCAGCAUCCCCAGGGGUAUCUGCGCCAACGCGAGAUGAACUUGCUGAGUUGUACAAGCAGCUUGAAAACGGUGAUUUUCAAGCAUGAGCUUUCCCUGUCAGUUCACUCAAAGAACUUUUGUAGCCUUCGCGACUGCCGRACUGAAAGGACUGGAAUCUAUAUUCCAGGCAACGCUAUUACGCUUCUGGAUUUAUCCAAAUAUUUGUACACACGCUACUCGAAAGAAAUCAAAUUAAUCAAUCAAUCCAACGUAAAUUUAGGGCAAUAGAUAGUGAAUCAGGGMUCUGGGCAUCAGACCCGGAAAAUUUUUUAUCAUAAUUCUUAUAUUUAAUUUUUUUGAAGAGAUAUUUGUAUGAAAUUAACUUAUUAGUAAUAAGCAUUUUGCAAUUUUAAAAUCCACAUUUUGAAUACAACUGUACAUUAAAAUUAUUAUUACGUUUUGUAAUUUUAAAGGGCAACUGCUGCUUCUAUUCUUAUAUAUCGUAGGUUUUACUUAAUAUUUCUAUGAGGCUACUCUAAAUAUCAUGAUGAUAWUAAAAAACGCAAAAACAAAAUUUUAAUUACAUUUUUUCACCUUUUUCUGCGUCGUCUCUCUGAAAAGCUUCGUUUUAUUGUCACGUGAUCAAGUGACGUCACACGUGGGUAACCUCAUGAGUCAAAAUGGCGGACAGUGAUUCGAGUGUUUCGAGCAGUGAUUCCAGUGAUUCCUCUGAUUCAUCGAGCCUUUGCUCGUCAUUCAUUGAAGACUUGGAAAACAGGAAUUCCGAACAAACCUUCAAAGGGUUUAUUGAACCUUUUAGUUUUGAGCCGCAAGGCCAAAACAUUGAAGAAACGGAUCAUGUAGCGGCAGAGGAAAAUGAAGUGCAUACAGAUGAUCGCUUGAUGAACACAGAAUGGUAUUCGUUUAUGUUCAUUAUUUACCCUUUUUAUUAGCUAAAUUCUGACACAAUACUUUUACGUUGCUCAGUAUUCGAUAUGAAUAGUUUUGGAAAAUCU